AUGCUAGCUUCCCAACCGCAAUAUUCGGCCUCCCUAGGCAUGCCUGCCGCCCAAGCCUCUACAACCACCUUUCACUCGACCUCCCAAAGACCUGCAACGGCGACAAAAGUGACCGAGGGAUUUGGAUUCACCAGCCCGACCAAGUCCGAGUUUUCGGAGGGACACGAUGAACAACUGGGUGUCCGGGCCUGGGAUGAGAAGAAGGUGGUGACAUGGCUUCACAGCAUUAAGUGCGGGCAAUAUGAGUCGCUCUUCCGAGCAAACAACUUUAACGGUGAUAAUCUAAUCGACUGCGACCAAAAGAUUUUGCAAGAAAUGGGUAUAAAGAAGGUGGGCGACCGCGUGCGCAUCUUCGUCGCUAUCAAGCAGCUUCGGAACAAGACCAUGGUCGACCCUAGACAGAAGAAUAUGAAAAAAUUGGCGGCUAUGGAAGCUGCAGUUUUGACUGAAAGCACUCGCUCGGGUCUUGGUAGCGGUCGAUGGUCUCGGGAUGGAUACAAAUCUUCCUCGCAGCCUGCUUCGCCCCCGGUUGAUUCAGAUCGGACCUGGCGGAAGGAUGGUUAUCUCACCAGUGGCUCUGGGUCUGGACGCAACCCAAGCACUCCAGGUGCCUCACAUCCACGAAAUAACAGUCUUGAUGGCCUUACCAUGGGUCCUCUUCCACAAAAUAGCCCUGUCAUCCGUGUUAUCUACACCGGUGGACAGACUAAAGUGCUCGAUAUCCGAAACAGCAGAACUCCGGAGGAGGUCAUUAUAUCAGUCCUGAGGAAACUGCAGCUCCCAGAGCACCAAUACCGAAAUUACUGCUUCUAUGUCUUGGACGGCCUAGAACCAGACCUGUCUAAUUGCCGGAAACUCACCGAAACUGAGCUCUUGCAGAUUUGUGAUGGCGUGAACAAACCUGAACGUGGUCGUUUAAUCCUCCGGAAGAUCCAUGCCGGAGAACCAGACCAAGACGAGCUUCGUCGUGCGUCCCAGCUUGCCUACGAUGAAAGCAAGGUCACUCAUGAGAACGCGAUGAAUAAAUCCAAUUUCCGGCAAAAGAACAAAAUCCAGCAGCUCACGGGAGAACCAUGGAAUGUCAUCAAUACCAAACAACCAGUCUCUCCUGUGGGCCCUAGGCAUCGUCCAUCACCCACUCCAGGUGACCAGAGCCAACACUCUCCAGGCAGCGAGCGUAAUCCCGUGGCUACGAAGCUGCGGUCAUUCUUCGGCCAGAGACCUCCAAGUGAAAUGAUCAUUCACGAACUUCAAUCGUUUUUCCCCAGUCAUGAUCGUGAAGAUAUCGCAAAGACUGUGCGCAGGUCCCAGCGCUAUAGUCGUUCAGCGAGCCGCUUGAGUGUUGUCAGUAACUUCAGUGUUGCUUCAAGCCUCAAAGAUGCACCACCCCUCCCUCCUCUCCCUCCUAUUCCACCUAUGCCCAACAUUGCCGAUUCAUGGUUCCAGCCGCCCCAAUCUGGAGCGCAAGCGGCACGCGCCUCAAGACCUCCCUCACUUUCCAAGUUUAAUUUGCCUCACACUUCAUACCGCGAUUCUAUUGCCUCGAGUUCUCUUCAACCCCUUCAAGAGGAAUCCCCCACCGAGCCGAAUCGCAAAUCCUACGUCUCCUUCGAGAGCAGCUCCGAUGAGCCAAAUCCCUCCCGCCAAAGUAUGCUGGAUGAGAGCAUGAGUGUCGCAGCUACGGAUGGUGAUUCUUUCAAUGAAGAGCGUAUGAGCGUCCUGAUUGGCGAGGGCGAGGGCGGAGGCGAAGAAGGCGAAGAGGGUGAAGAAGAGGACGAUGCAGGCUUGAUGGAUGACUUCCUGGCAGGCAACAACUUUGCUCCCAAAAACUGGAUGAAGGGUUCGCUCAUCGGUGAAGGUUCUUUUGGAAGUGUCUUCUUGGCUCUCCAUGCUAUCACUGGAGAACUCAUGGCCGUUAAACAGGUCGAGAUUCCCUCGGCCACCCAAGGAACAGAAUUUGAUAAACGCAAAAACCUCAUGGUCACUGCCCUCAAACACGAGAUUGAGCUCCUGCAGGGGAUGCACCACCCCAACAUCGUCCAAUACCUAGGCACCGGCACCGAUGACCAGCAUCUCAACAUUUUCUUGGAGUAUGUGCCCGGUGGUUCCAUCGCUACCAUGCUCAAGCAAUACAAUACUUUCCAAGAGCCCCUGGUAAAGAAUUUCGUCCGACAAAUUCUAGCCGGUCUGUCGUAUCUGCACAGCUGUGACAUCAUCCACCGAGACAUCAAGGGAGCCAACAUCCUCGUCGACAACAAAGGCGGCGUCAAGAUCUCCGAUUUCGGUAUUUCCAAGCGCGUCGAAGCAUCCGCUGUUCUCGGCUCUCGAGCCAGUACCGGCGGUGGCAGCGCUGGGCACAUGCACCGGCCUUCCAUGCAAGGUAGUGUGUACUGGAUGGCACCAGAAGUGGUGCGUCAAACGGCGCAUACCAAGAAAGCCGAUAUCUGGAGUCUGGGCUGUCUCGUCGUGGAAAUGUUCAUCGGCGCUCACCCCUUUCCAGACUGCAGUCAGUUGCAGGCCAUCUUUGCUAUCGGUAGUAACAAGGCUCGCCCUCAUACUCCAGACCAUGUUAGCGAGGAGGCGGGCGAGUUCCUUGAUAUGACCUUCCAACACGAGUAUGAGAAGAGACCCAGUGCAGAUGAACUUCUGAAAUGCAAGUUCCUGGCUAUGCCAAUUACGUGA